UGUUUAUAAUGAAAAGAAUACAGAUGCAUAUAUAUAUAUAUAAAUAUUAAUUUAAUGAUGGGUAAUGGUUUGAUAUCACGUGAUUUCAUUAUCGUCGCUAGUGUUAAAGAUCAGUGACCACGCGUUCCAAGUUCCCAUCGUGGUUUACUGUAUUGUCAGAAAUUAAAAUAUUUUUGUCGUGAUCAAGAUAAUAGUUCAAAGUAUAUUGAACACUUUUAUUACGUUUCAACAUACAAAAUGUAACAUUCCUUUCCGUGUAUUGUACAUACAAUAUACAUAUAUUGUUUGUCAGUAUAAUCAAGGGUCCAGUUUCCUUUGCACCGUACAGUAUCAUUAUAUUAAAUAUUUAUCAAUGGAAUGUUACCACAUUUAUAUUAACGUGUAUCAAUAUUUUUGUUUAACAAAUAAAAAUAUUUGUUCUGAAUACAUUUUAACGUGUUAAGUACAAUGAAAACUGUACGAAAAUAAAAACUGAGGGCAAGGCCUUUCUUUAUAAUGGAUAAGUUUGAUUGAAAAAUUCAAGGUCGAAAUUUGUUCGUCUUUAUCAUUAACGAAAGAACAAAAUUCAUGAUGUAAUUAUUGUCUAAGAUGAUUUUACAAGAAGAAUUAUUCUAAUGCAAUAAGAAUGUCAAAGUUGAUAAGUGCUUUAUAUGUGUGUGAUUACAUCGAAUCAUUGUUACAUUUGCAUAUAUCGACGAUAUAUGUUCAUCACAUUAUUCAAAAGCAAUGAGAAAAUAUGCAUAAAUACAAGUUUACAAAUAUUCUGAUUGAAACAUUGAUUUUUGGUUGGUUUGCCCUUACCAGAGAAGCAAUUAAUGUAUCAAUAAGGUUAGGAAAAGGGCAUCAAUCAUGAAGAAUCCUGCAUCUCAUCAUUUAAAUGGAAAUAAUCAUCCUGUUACAACACAAAAUGUUUCUCCAUGCAUUGUGUCUCAUUGUGGAAACAUGUCAAACAAUUAUCAAGUACUGAAAGUAGCUGGACGUGAUUCUAACUGUUAUAUCGCAAACAAUAUUGUUCCAAAAAUUGGAAAACAACAGUUGGUGUCAUUGAAUGGAAAUUCUAUAUCUUGUAACAGUGUAAAUGUUAAUGAGGCUUUAGCCUGUGAUGUGGCUUCCAUGCCAGUUGUUAAAACUAAAGCCCUAUGUGUCCAUAUUCGAGAAAAUAAAUGGUAUGAUGCUGGUAACAUAGUUUCUGUGGGAGUUGCUGGAACUAGUUUAAGUCAUGCAUUGGAAAGUAUGUCUUUAGCUUAUAAUCCUACUACAAAACAAAUAUAUUCUUUGGAAGAAUCUAAUGAACCACAGCUUGAUUAUAAAUCACAAUAUUUAGAUUCUCCAUGCGAUUAUAAAGAAGAAUCAUUAAAUGAAAAUUUUAAAGUUGAAGAAGAUAAAUAUAAUAAAUUGGAAAGUGGAAGUGCAAAUAGCAGUCCUAGAAACAGUUUACCACGUUCUUGUAGCAGUACUGUGUCUUCCCUUAGCGAAGUGUCCCCAUCUGGCAGUUUUUUGAGUUCUGAUGAUCAGCAGACUGCUGAAAAAGCUGAAAAGUCCAAGCGCUGGGGACUGAAUACACUUUUUUCAAAAAAUGUUUUCUUAUGGAAGAACAAGGAUUCUCAACAAUCUACACCUACAAGUAGUCCAUCAAGGAAUAUAGAUAAAGUGGGGGGAAGUUUAGCUUUAAUUCAACAGCCUAGACCAGCAAAUUUACCAGCCAAAAAUGCAACAGAGGAAGAACGUCAUCGUAAGCAAUAUAAUGCUAUUUUAGAAGCUAUAAGAAAGCGAGAACUACGAGAAGAGAAAGAACGUAAGCAUCAAAGAGAAUUGCAACUUAAAGAGGAAGAAAGAUUAGCAGAAGACUCUCAUACUUGGAAUGUACAUAUUAUUCCAAAAUUUGAAAGUGUUAAAAAUUCCAAAAAAGUACGUGAAUUAUGGUGGCGUGGUCUUCCGCCUAGUGUUCGUGGCAAAGUAUGGAAGUUAGCAAUUCCAAAUAAUUUAAAUAUAACGACACACCUUUAUAAUAUAUGUUUAGACAAAGCAAUGUCAAAUCCUAUAAGUGAACCAUUAGCUGCAAUCAAAUUAGAUGUGUCUCGUACCUUUCCUAGCUUAUGUGUCUUUCAAGAAGGUGGACCACUAUCUCAUAGUCUUCAAGGUAUUUUGGCAGCCUACGCAGUUUAUAGACCUGAUGUAGGUUAUGUACAAGGUAUGAGUUUUAUAGGUGCUGUAUUAUCAUUAAACAUGGAACCUCCAGAUGCCUUUACCUGCUUUGCUAAUUUAUUAAAUCAUCCUUGCCACAGAGCUGCUUUUACAUUAGAUCAAAAGCAAAUGGAUAUUUAUUAUAAGGUAUAUUCUAGUGCACUUGCACAUAAAUUGCCAAAAAUUUUUUCUCAUUUUACAGUAGCUGGUCUUAGUCCAGACUUGUAUUUGUUGGAUUGGUUGUAUACUAUAUAUGCCAAAGCAAUGCCUCUGGAUGUUGCAUGUAGAAUCUGGGAUGUUUUUUUGAGAGAUGGGGAUGAGUUCCUCUUCAGAACAGCACUUGGUGUGCUACAUUUAUAUCAAGAAGAAUUAUUGAAAAUGGAUUUUGUACAUGGAGCACAAUUUCUUACUAGGUUGCCAGAAAAUUUGCAGGCAGAAGCUUUAUUCAACAGUAUUAGUCAAAUGUCUACUACUGUUGGAACAACCACGUUCCAACAAAUGUUAGCUCAAUUUUCUUCGUUGUAAUUUUAUGAAUUAUAACGAAGUAUAUGAAAAUGUAGUCAUAUUUAGAAAAAAGAAUCUCAAAUGCUAUUUUUCUUAUUGUGAUUAAUGAAAGAUAUUUUUAUUGAUAUUGAAAAUCUUUCCUAAUGAAAAUUAAUUUAUAGUAAA